UAUUAUUAUCAUCGUCGCCGUCGUCACACGAUUAAAAAAAGGGUCGACUUCAAUGGAGUCUCUCUUCAUCACCUCAUCAUCACCGUCAUCUUCUCCCUCCCUUCGUCAAUCAUCGCGCCGUCCCUAGUCCUACCGACCUCUCUCCGAAUCCGCAACCGACGGGGCCGGCUUCGUCCCACCUCCCGCCCUCGCUUGCGGCUCGGAAUUCUAGGGUUCAACGCUCUCAGAUCCGUCGACGCUCGGCGUCGUCGACUCGGUUCCCCUCCCCUGGCGGUCGGGGAGCGGCGCUUUCCUGGUUUCACGGAUGCUGGUGCGGGCUAGAGCUUGACGUUCCUUUUUUUCUUGGUUCGAGGGGGUCCGGGCGAUGGAUGCCUUGCAGAGAGUGGUUCAGCCGCCGGGCGCGGGCGGCUACGGCCCGCACGCCUCGAGCAGGGGUGGCGAUUUGGCCGUGCCUGGUCAGUUUCCGGUUGGUCUGAGGGUUCUCGUGGUGGAUGACGACCUCAUUUGCUUGAGAGUGCUGGAGCAGAUGCUUCGCCGCUGCUCGUAUAACGUUACAACUUGCUCCCAGGCAACUGUGGCAUUGAAUCUCCUCCGAGAGAAGAAAGGCUGUUUUGACAUUGUUUUAAGUGAUGUUCACAUGCCUGAUAUGGAUGGUUAUAAACUCCUCGAACAUGUUGGGCUCGAGAUGGACCUUCCUGUUAUUAUGAUGUCUGGUGAUGGAACCACGAAUGCUGUUAUGAAAGGAAUUAGACACGGGGCAUGUGAUUAUCUUAUUAAACCUAUUCGCCCUGAAGAGCUUAAGAAUAUAUGGCAACAUGUUGUUAGGAAAAAAUGGAAUGGAAAUAAGGAGAUUGAGCAUUCAGGAAGCUUAGAAGAUAAUGAUCGGCAGAAGCGAGGAAGUGAUGAUGCUGAUGGUUCUGCUGUUAAUGAAGGGGCGGAAGGCUUGCCGAAAACCCAGAAAAAGCGCAGCAAUCCUAAAGAAGAAGAUGAUCCUGAAUUGGAUAGUGAUGAUCCUGCUACAUCAAAGAAACCACGUGUAGUGUGGUCGGUGGAGCUCCAUCAACAAUUUGUCAGUGCUGUAAACCAACUUGGAAUUGACAAGGCUGUGCCAAAACGGAUCCUAGAAUUGAUGAAUGUUCCUGGCUUAACUAGGGAGAAUGUUGCAAGUCAUUUGCAGAAAUUUAGGUUAUAUUUGAAGAGAUUAAGUGGAGUAGCUCAGCAGCAAGGUGGGAUAUCCAGUUCAUUUUGUGGACCUGGAGAACCAAAUGUCAAGUUGGGUCCCCUGGGAAGAUUUGAUAUCCAAGCUUUGGCAGCCUCUGGCCAGAUUCCUCCACAGACAUUAGCAGCAUUGCAAUCUGAGCUUUUGGGUCGACCUACAAGCAACCUAGUGUUACCGUCAUUCGAUCAGUCAACUCUCUUACAAGCUUCCAUGCAGGUAUCCAAGUGUCUUCCUGUUGAACAUGGUGUGGCAUUUGGUCAGCCUCUGAUUAAAUGCCCAUCUAAUGUCUCCAAGCAGUAUCAACAGUCCAUUCUAUCGACUCAGGAUGCUUCUUCGGGAUUUGGACCAUGGCAGGCUACUAGCCUUAGUACGGUUGGAAACAAUAACAUUGUUCCAGGGUCAAGUAUUCAGAGUAAUAACACUUUGAUGGAUAUAUUUCAAAGACAGCAGCAUCAAUAUCAGCAUAAGCAGCAAUUACAGCAGCAGCAACAACUACCACAACAGCCUCUCCCGGAGCCUAGCCGUUUAAUUAAUGUGCAACCAUCUUGUCUUGUUGUUCCCCAGUCAUCAGCUGGUUUUCAAGCAGCAGGUAGUCCUGCUUCUGUAAACCAGAGUUCCACCUUCAAUAGAAGUACUGUUAUUGACUACAGUCUUCCGUCAUAUCAAGGCAAUGCUGCUUUAAAUACUGGUCUGGCCUCGGAUAAAGAUCUCAAAACCCCUGGUGUACUUAGUGGGUACUCUGUACAAGGUUCCAUUUCACCGACUUUGUCGUCUAGUUUAGCGAAUGCUGACAGUAGCAGUAGCUGCCAACUUCGGAACCCAUCGGCAAACUAUAACAUCAUUGGACAAGAGCCAGGUGCUGUUUCUAAUUUUUGCAAUAUCCAGGGUUCUUAUGAUGCUAAGUCAGGUGAAGCCAUUGAUCAAGGAUCGCUAAAGGAUCUAGGAUUUGUUGGUAAGGGAUCCGGCAACCCAAGUCUCUUCACAGUUGAUGAAUUUGGACCUCCAUUGAAACACAUAUACAGUGGAAAGGUCCAUCCGGAGAAUGGUGCGAGUAGAAUCAAACGAGAACCGAGCUUUGACUUUGUGGAUGCAAAAGUUUCUAUCCCAGUAUUGGAGCAACUUUCUUCGAAUGAUCUUAUGAGCGUUUUCACGGAAUAGGAUGCUUAUGCUGUUUGAUUGGUUUGGAGGCUCUGUUCCAUUUGAUUGAGAAGUGCAGAUUUAUUCACUUCUUGAGGUGGAACUGAUCCUGGUUCAAAACUGUAAUGUUUACUUUUAGAGAUUUACUAAUUGUUCCCGAACCGCCUGUGUAAAUGCAUUUCAUUAAACUUAUGGAUAGUUCUGAGGCCAAAAUAAGUUGUACGUAAUGUUUAGGGGCUUGGUUUCACCAUUCGGUGUCACAUUGGACUGAUGUGUAGUCAUUUGGACUAGGAUGUCAAUAUCCAUUUAUUCAUUGUCUAACUUCUUAUGCUGUGAUACUGAAGCUGCUGUUGUCUUUCCUCGAGAUGCAGAAAACUGUUUGUAAACCUUUAAUGCUGAGGCUGGUUUUGCCGCCACGACCAUUUGACGGGAUUGCUUCAAACAAGCAAAUCCCAAUCUUUGAUAUAUCUUCUCACUUGCAA